UUGCAAUGUUUUUCCCGCUGCUCUUAGUAAACCUCCUCGUAGCUGGUGUGCGGCUGGAGGAGCAGUUGCUCUAUCCGCCACAGUUCACCAGGGAGCGCAUUGUGGGCGGCGAGGAUGCGCCCGAGGGCAUGGCACCCUAUCAAAUUUCCCUCCAGAGCGCGACAAGCGGGCAGCACUCGUGUGGCGGCGCCAUCAUUGAGGAACGUUGGAUUCUGACUGCGGCUCACUGCAUCCAUGGCAAAACGCCCGAAGCCUUUCGAGUGCUCGCAGGCACCCAGGACCUGAAGAAGAAUGUUUCCCGGUACUACUACGUGGACAGAAUCCUCGAGCACUGCGACUACGAGCCACGCAAGUAUCGCAACGACAUUGCGCUGCUGCAUCUGAACGAAUCGAUUGUCUUCGACAAUGCCACACAGCCUGUGCAGCUGGGCCACGAGCCGCUGAUGCCAGGUGACUGGCUCCUGCUCACUGGCUGGGGCACCCUGUCGCUGGGCGGGGAGGUGCCCGCCAAGCUGCAACGCCUGGAGGUGGAGUAUGUGCCCUUCGAAGAGUGCCGCCUGGCGCAUGGCAACAGCAGCCAUGUGGACAUUGGCCACGUCUGCACCUACAACGACAAGGGGCGUGGCGCCUGUCACGGCGACUCGGGCGGCCCACUGGUGCAUAACGGCAAACUCGUCGCCCUGGUCAAUUGGGGCAUGCCCUGCGCCAGAGGCAAGCCGGAUGCCAGCGCCAGCAUUGCCUACUAUCACGACUUCAUACGCACCCAUCUCAGUCUGCAUGAGGCGGCGGCAGCGGCAGGAACUGAGGAGCUGGCAGCUUGGAGGAGUAAAUCACAUUGUCAUUAAUCCAGGCAUCGGUAGAGAUCCACCGUUCUA